CAUGCCCAUACUCGAACAGACCUCUAGGCUCCACUGGGGCAGCACCUGGACUGGUCCCCAACGUUGAUGGGGAACCGCAGCUGCCCUCCCCCUCCCGCCCCCACGGUUGCCUUCCCCCUUCCUCUUUCUACUACUGCCCUGCUCUUCCCGAGAAGGCGUCUUUAUAGGUCUCAGGUUCCCAUCCGAGGCCUCGAGGUUUGGGCUGCCCUGGAGGACAUGACCUGGGGCCCUGACAACGUGCGGAAAUGGUCAACCCUGGCGCUGCUGGCCAUCAUGGGCACAGCCCUGACAGCGGCCACGGACCCUGGCUUUGUGGCCAUGAUCUCCCAGAAGGGUCUGGACUUCGCGUGCCAGCAGGGUGCGGCUGAGUUACAGAAGGAGCUACAAACUAUCAAUGUUCCUGACUUCUCUGGAGUCUUUAAGAUGAAGCACCUGGGAAGGGGUUCCUACGAAUUCUACAGCAUGGAUGUGAACAGAUUUUAUAUCCCUAAUCCUGAGAUCAGGAUGCUGCCCAGCAAUGGCCUCCAGCUGUUCAUCAAAGGUGCCAGCAUCCAGAUCAAUGGAAAGUGGAAAUCAAAGAAAAACGUGCUCAAAGCCAGUGGCAAUUUUGACCUGAGCAUCCUGGGCGUCUCCAUCUUCGCUGAGCUGACGCUGGGGAGUGACCCCUCAGGCCACAUCACCACCAACUGUUCCCAUUGCUACAGUCACAUCGACAGCGUCCGUAUCAAAAUCUCAGGCAGCAUGCUGGGGUGGCUGAUCCAACUGUUCCACAAGAAAAUUGAGACUUCCCUGAAAAACAUCAUUUACCAAAAGAUCUGCAAGAUCGUGAGAAACUCUGUGUCCUCCAAACUUCAACCUUACAUGAAGACUCUUCCAGUGAUAACCAGAGUGGAUGAUGUGGCCUCAAUUGACUACAGUCUGGUGGCUCCUCUGACAACCACGGACCAGUUCCUGGAGGGGAAGCUAAGGGGGGAGUUUUUCUGGCAUGGACACCGCGGCUCAAUUUCCUUUGACCCUCCAGUAAUGAGGUUUUUGCCCAACAAUGACUACAUGGUAUGCAUGGCCAUCUCUGACUACUUCUUCAACACUGCGGUACUUGCAUACCAAGAGUCCGGAACCUUGAAAAUAACCCUGGGGGACCAAUUGUUAUCAAAGGAUGACAGAUUCCAGCUGAACACUGACUUCUUUGGGAAGUUCCUGCCCAAGGUAGCCAAGAAGUUCCCGAGCAUGGGGGUGCAGCUGCUGAUCUCAGCGCCCUUGUCUACACACCUGAGCAUACAGCCCUCAGGCCUCUCAUUCAAACCUAAGCUGGAGACCCAGGCCUCUGUGGUCCUCCCCAACGCCUCCCUGGUGCCUCUCUUCCUGCUUGUCUUGAAAACAAAUGCCUCUUUGAAAGUGGAUGCUGAAGAAAACAGGCUUGUGGGAGAGAUGAAGUUAGGCAGGCUGUUGCUGGAACUGAAGGAAUCCAAUUUUGGCCACUUUAAGGUGGAGUUACUGGAGGAUGUCAUAAACUACCUCAUACUCACAAUAGUGCUGCCCAAGAUCAAUGAGAGGCUUCGUCAAGGCUUUCCUCUCCCUUUGCCCGAAGGGAUCCAUCUCAUCAACUUCAUGAUUUACUCCUACCAGAGUUUCCUGUUGCUUGAAGCAGAUUUAUAUCGUACCUGAGAUCACCUCGAACCCUGGGCCAGGAAGCUCUGCAGCUCCUUCCAAGGGGCCAUCACACUGUCCUGCUCCAGGAAUCCUUUAGGCUGGCCCUGACCUGCGCCCCCCCGCCCCUCCCCCCGCUUGCUUCCCCAUGCUCAGAAAUAACCCAAGCCAGUGGAAGCUGAGGAGAAAGCAGGAGAUCUGUGUACCGGGGCUCCGGGCCUCUUUCAGAGCUGCCCCUCCAGCAUCAGCAUUUCCGCUCGAGCUGCGACAUUACUUUGGGCUUUACAAAAACACCCAUUUUUCCCCUGUA